GAGCGAGUUAUAUUUUCGUACCUUAUUUGAACGUAAUUUCUUGAAAUUAAUAUUUUUAUAAAAACCUUCCAAUUUUUAUGUAAAUAAAAUCCCCUGAAAUUUCAUCCAGCUCUCUUCCCGGCUCCGUCGCGGACACCCAAGAAACACCGCAAAAUUGCUUCCGAAACAAGAGCCCCAAUUCGAAAGGGAUUUAUCUUUUCCUUUCUUCCUUUUCCAUCCCCUUGCAGGUGCAAGACCUAGUUAAUCACUUGCACCAAAUCCAUCGUAACAGAAAAGAUUCUGCCCUCAUUCUUCAAUCUGCAUGCGGCUUUUGAAGUGCAACCUCUCUUCGCAGCUGCAACUUCAUCCGUUUUUGAGUUUGUUAUGUGCAGGGUGUUUUAGAAACAUGGAUUCUCGGAAGAGCAAAUCUUCUUGUCGUGCAUCUUCGCUUAGUGUUGCACAUUUAAGUGUUUCAAAUAAGGUGGAUCAAAUGGUGGCGCCCCCUGGGGAUGUGGGAGCUGUUCAGACUGAUCUGGAUAUAGACCUUAGGGAGGUUUACUUUUUAAUCAUGCACUUUUUGUCUGCGGGACCAUGUAGGCGAACUUUUCUACAUUUUAAGGAAGAACUUUUAGAGCAUCAACUUCUACCCAGAAGAUAUCAUGCUUGGUUUUCAAGAAGUGGUGACCUCGGAGGGGAUGAUGCCGAAGAAGAUGAUGAUGGCUUCUCUUUACCUUUAGAUUAUAGCAAUUUAGUGGGCAGGUAUCCUCACAUAACUAAGGAUCACUUAGUAAAGCUUCUGAAACAAUUGAUGCUGAGUACGGUCCAUCCUUUACAUGGAAAACUUGGAGGAAGUAGUCCUAAUGCAGCUGAUGUUCCUACUUUACUUGGAUAUGGUUCAUUUUCGCUUCUUGACAGUGAUAGAAAAACAGCUGACAAGAUUGUGAAGACCCCUCCACUUUACAUGCGCUGGCCUCACAUGAAGGCUAAUCAGGUUCAGGGGCUAAGUUUAAGGGAGAUUGGAGGUGGUUUUACAAAACACCAUCGUGCUCCAUCCAUUCGUAGUGCGUGUUAUGCUAUUGCCAAACCAUCUACUAUGGUGCAAAAAAUGCAAAAUAUUAAAAAACUUAGGGGGCAUCGUGUGGCUGUCUAUUGUGCCAUAUUUGACGGAUCAGGGAGAUUUGUUAUUAGUGGUUCUGAUGACCGUCUUGUCAAGAUUUGGUCUAUGGAAACUGCAUUUUGCUUAGCUAGUUGCCGUGGACAUGAAGGUGAUAUUACUGACUUGGCUGUAAGCUCAAACAAUGCUUUGGUGGCAUCUGCUUCAAAUGAUUUUGUCAUUAGAGUUUGGCGAUUACCAGAUGGGAUGCCAAUAUCAGUUUUGCGGGGACAUACAGGAGCUGUCAAUACUAUUACUUUUAGUCCCAGUGUUGUAUACCAGCUGCUAUCGUCAUCUGAUGAUGGAACUUGUAGAAUAUGGGAUGCAAGGAACUCACACAAUCCCCGAAUAUACGUGCCUCGGCCUCCAGAUGCUAUAAAUGGGAAGAGCAAUGCUCCACCAGCUAGUUUGCCAUCGUCAAGCAAUGGUCAACAAAGCUAUCAAGUACUUUGUUGUGCAUAUAAUGCAAAUGGAACUGUUUUUGUUACUGGUAGCUCUGAUACUUUCGCCAGGGUGUGGAGUGCGUUGAAGCCCAGCACUGAUGACUCAGAACAACCAAUACAUGAGAUGGAUUUAUUAUCUGGUCACGAAAAUGAUGUUAAUUAUGUACAGUUUAGUGGUUGCUCUGUGGCUUCAAAAAUUUUAACAUCUGAUCCCUGGAAAGAAGAAAAUACACUGAAGUUUCGAAAUUUCUGGUAUUGUCAUGAUAACAUAGUUACCUGCUCUCGUGAUGGAAGUGCAAUUAUAUGGGUUCCCAGAUCCCGUAAAUCUCAUGGAAAAGUAGGACGUUGGACUCGCGCAUAUCAUCUAAAAGUGCCACCACCACCGCUGCCUCCCCAACCUCCACGAGGUGGUCCAAGGCAGAGAUUGCUACCUACUCCUCGUGGUGUCAAUAUGAUUAUAUGGAGUCUGGAUAAUCGCUUUGUGCUUGCAGCUAUUAUGGAUUGCAGAAUAUGUGUUUGGAAUGCAGUUGAUGGAAGCUUAGUGCACUCUUUGACUGGUCAUACUGAAUCAUCUUAUGUUUUGGAUGUUCACCCUUUCAACCCUCGAAUAGCUAUGAGUGCUGGCUAUGAUGGACGAACCAUUGUUUGGGAUAUUUGGGAGGGCAUACCCAUUCGAACAUAUGAAAUUGGACGCUUUAAGUUGGUUGAUGGGAAGUUUUCUCCGGAUGGAACAUCAAUUGUGCUCUCAGAUGAUGUUGGACAAAUAUAUUUUCUGAACACAGGUCAAGGCGAGUCCCAAAAGGAUGCAAAAUAUGAUCAGUUUUUUCUUGGAGAUUACCGACCCCUUAUUCAAGAUACUCAGGGAAAUGUUCUUGAUCAGGAGACUCAACUUCCACCACAUCGAAGAAACAUUCAGGAACCUCUGUGUGAUUCUAGCAUGGUGCCAUAUCCAGAACCUUAUCAGAGUCAAUUUCAGCAACGUCGACUUGGUGCUCUUGGCAUUGAAUGGCGUCCUUCGCUGAUAAAAUACGCUGUCGGCCCAGAUUUUAGUGUUGGCCAAGGUCUGGACUUCCCAGUCAUACCUUUGGUAGAUUUGGAUGUAAUGGUUGAGCCACAACUAGAUUUCUUAGAUGCCACGUUAUGGGAACCAGAAUAUGACAUGAUUGUAAGUGAGGAUACUGAUUCUGAAUACAAUGUGAAUGAUGAUACUUCUAGUGCAGCUGCACAAGGGAGUGUCAUCUCUUCUAGUGAUCUAGAGGGCAGCGAAGAUGACUCUAGUAAUAAGGAUGGCCUUAGAAGAUCAAGAAGGAAAAAACAUAACGUUGGAGUUGAGGUAACGACUUCCUCUGGAAGGCGCGUUAGAAAAAGGAAUUUGGAUGAGUGUAAUGGUAAUACUUCUGGAAGUAACAGACCUAGUAAGAAAUCCAAGGGCAGUUCAAAAUCAUCAAAAAGGAAAUCUUCAAAAGCAAAGACAUCAAGACCCCAGAGAGUUGCUGCACAUAAUGCUCGCCAUAUGUUCUCUCAAAUUGAUGAAACAUCUACUGAUGAGGAAGAUAAUGAUUCCAAUGAUGAAUCAUCAGACAGUUUCCAAGAUCCAGACGAUUUUAGUGAGCCUGAGAGGGAAAUGGACGUGAAGCAUGAUGAAUUUAAAAAGUCUCAGUUAAAAAAGUUUGUAAAUGCAUCGAAGCCUCCUGUAUGCUCUGAAUCCCAGUCAAAUGUUGAAAGUAGACCAAGACUGGUACUUAAGUUGUCACUUCGUGAUUCUAAGAAGAGUGUGCCCACAGAGGACACAAAACCUACUUGUGAGACUGAGGAUAAUAUGGUAUGUCAGUCUUCUAGACCUCAACCCCGAGAAUGCCAUCAUAAAACUUUUCCAGAUUCAAAAUCUUUGGACUCUGUGCUAUCUUCUAUGACUGCAACUAAUUCUGAACUUCCCCAAAGGCACAAUGGAGAUGAAAAUGAUGAUAAGAUUCAAACUGAGAAUGCUACAAAUAAUCUGGAUCCAUCUAGAUAUGUUGAGGAAAACACAGAUCAGUGCAGAAAGGUGGAGACACUCACGUAUGAACUGUCAAGAUCAGGGGAUACUUUACUGACUGAUGCUGAAAAUGAUGAUCAUCUCAAACACAAUGCCAAUGGGAGAUCAGAACAUAUGAUUGGCGAGUUAGAGACUGCCGGUAGUAUGAUUAAUAAAGGGCUGACUGGUUUUGAAGAUGCACUUAAAAUUUCCUCACCCGAACCUUUGUUAUCUGGAAAUGCUCAGCCAAAUGAUGAUGCCUUCUGGACAUCUGGUUAUGAGAAGUUCAAUGGUGUUAGUAAAUGCCAGUCUGGGUCUGGCAAAUGUGCGGAGGACUCGUUAGAAAACAAUGAAGCUGUUCACUCAAGCCACUCUGCUGACCUGAAAAUGAAAGCACCUGUGAAAUCAACCAAGCUAAUUAUUAAAAAGAAACAGAUUUCAUCUGAAACCGAAGGUCCUUGCAAACUAAAAUUUGUUAGUUCUAAGGCAGAUUCAACUGGUGCUAGAGGUAUUGUUAUAUCUGGAAAUUCCUCUAUUACAGGUCCUAAUCUUUUACCAGAAGGUGAAGAUGACAGAAAAUUUAGUACUCCACAGCUACUGCAUUCAUAUUCUGACAAGAGAAGAGAUUACGUUCGUGAAAGGGAUAAGUCGCAUAAAGGAAAAGUCAAUCAAGAUGGUUUUGAAUCUUUUGAUUGUGAUAUUGAAGAACAUAAUUCGGUUUUCAGCAAUCAACUUGGUUUAGGAAUUGGUUUGUCUGAUGUUUUAAGUGAUCCUAUACGCCGAUCACGAUCUGUAAGGAUAAAAACAACUUCUGAGGAGCCAAGCACUUCAAACAGAAGGGUUAAAAUUCAUGGGGGUCAAAGUUCGAGGGGAAAAUCUGAUUGGGAAGACUGUUCUACCAAAGUGUCUGAUCAACUUCAUCGUAGAACUAGGACUUCUAGACAUAGGCGUGAUGAACAUAUUCCCAGUAAUCCUGGUGGCUCUUUAACUCGAAGGGUGUCAAACCAUCAUGUCAAAAAUUCGUCAUGGCUGAUGCUAUCAAUGCAUGAUGAUAGUUACCGAUAUAUUCCUCAACUUGGUGAUGAAGUUGUGUACUUUAGACAGGGACAUCAAGAGUACUUAGAGUCAUGUUCAUCAUCUGAAACAGGUCCAUGGAGAUCAGUUAUAGGACUAGGCUUUUCUGAAAUUUGCAAGGUUGAAGAGCUUGAGUACGCUGAUCUCCCAGGUUCCGGGGACAGCUGUUGUAAACUUAAACUUAAAUUUGUGGAUCCUUCUUCAUACGUGCAUGGCAAAAUGUUUAAAUUAACCCUACCUGAAUUGAAUGACUUCUCUGAUUUUGUUGUUGAGAAAACAUGGUAUGAUACUGCCAUGAAGAGAAAUUGGUCUUCGAGAGAUAAAUGCAAGGUCUGGUGGAGAAAUGGAGACGGGGAUGGUGGAAACUGGUGGGAUGGUAGAAUUAUUUCAGUGCAGGCCAAAUCUCAUGACUUCCCUGAUAGUCCUUGGGAAAGGUAUCAGAUCCAGUACAAGAAUGAUCCAACCGAGAAUCAUCUGCAUAGUCCGUGGGAACUACGUGAUCCUGAUCCUGAGAUUCAAUGGAAGCAUCCCCAUAUUGAUCACACAAUCAGAGAUAAGCUGCUUUCCUACUUCACUAAAUUGGACCGCAGGGAGAAAUUUGAUAUCCAAGCGUUGAACAAAGUAGCUGAAAAAUUAGAGUUUGCAAACAGGUUUCCCGUCCCACUCUAUCCUGAAUUGAUUCAGUCAAGGUUGGAGAAUGACUACUAUCGUACUGUGGAAGGUGUAAAGCAUGACAUAAUGGUAAUGUUAUCAAAUGCCGAAGACUUCUUUAGAAUUACAAAAAAUGUUCAGCUGUUGGGCAAGAUCAGGAGAAUAUCAGACUGGUUUAGAAAGAAACUUGAAAGGGUAUAGAAGGCCCAAAUUGGGUUUUAUAGGUUUCUUCUAACAUUGUUUUUCAUUCUUUAAUCCAAUUUUGGAGAAUUAGUUGGUAUUUAAGUUGGUUUUAUAGAAAUGGUGAAGGGCAUAGGUGGUGGGUAAAUAUCAGCUAUCACGUGUAUAUAUACGAACUCAUCCUUUUUAAUGCCAAUUGCCGUUAUGAAGCAUCUUCGGCUUUAUAACUUUGAUUUCAAA